GCCUGUUUUUUCCGCUGCGAAAAUCUCCUGCCUUUUCACCCUUGUCUGUGUCCUUUUUUGACGCUCUGUUUUUUUCUCGCGAAGGGGAAGUCUGCUCUCUUCGCCAAGAUCUCCGGUGUACAGAGGCGGGGCGGAGGGAGAGGCGCGGCAUCCUACUUUCUUCGACCGGAAAACAGUGGAAGGAAAAAUUGACUUCGGCGGGAGCAACUUCUUUCCCCCGUUUUUCGGCUAUCCUUCUUCGAGAUCAAGGUGGCGGUCGUCCUUCUCGUUUUCCUCAAAGUGUUUGCCGCUCUGGGGCCGUCGCUGUCUUCACGCGAAGGCUCUGCCUCACACACUGGAAAGAGGCGCAAAAGAUCGAGAGCAAUUGUUUUUCUUGGCAUUUUCUUCGUGGGUUCACGGGAGAUUUUCUGCAAGGCUCCUCGCUUCCCUACGCCCGUCUCUUUGGCGCCUUGCCCGUGGGAGCACGGCGGGGGUCGAUUCAUGAUACCAUAGACCCUCUUUGUCGACAGCCGGUCAAUUUCUUUUCUCUUUUCUGUCAUAUCCAACAGGUUGCUGCAGUGUCCGCAGACGAGUCAAACGGUACAGUUUUCUCCCGCAUUCCAUUCCCUCUUUGCUCACUGCUCUCUCGUCUGUUUUUUCCCCUCCCUGCCCUUAACGCUGUCUCCUUCCUCGCCGACAUCGUCUACAGCUUCUUCUGCCUGCCCUCAUUCUUCUGCAGUCUGUCUCUUCCUUUCUAAGUAAAAUUCCUUCUCUUCAAAUAAAUUGCGACGUCUUGCUUCUUGAAUUUGUCCAUUUUUUCUUCUCUUUCUCCCAGGCUCUAGUCGUAUAAAUCUCGCCGUACCCCACUCCGUCGAGUCAUGUGUGUAGGGUUCUUCUGUUAGAAGCUUUCUCCGUCUCUUCUCCAAGACCACUAUCGAUCAAAAAUGGCGCCUUCAGAGUGUCCCAGCGACGCGCCGGGGGGGUCUGGAGAGUCGCGAGUUUCUGCAGAACCGAGUUCGUCAGAGACGCCGUCCUCAGCUGUCUCUUCUCACUCUCCUCAUCGUGCUCAGCUCAGUUCAACUCAGCCGAAGAAUCCGGCGUCUCCUCCGACUUCGGACGUCUCUGCUCCUCACGUCCCCCUCCUCGGGGCCGAGGCCUCCGGCGGCGAUCCUUCCGCAGACCCGCUGGGGGGCGAGGGCGCAAUGGAGCGAGAGCGACAAGCGUUUGCGGAGGGGCCAGGUCUUAGUGCGAGGGUGGAGACAGCUCUGUCUCCUCAGCUCAGAACGACGAGCGGAGAGUUGCAGCAGGCUGCAGCCGACGCGGCUGUCUCGCCUGACGGUGAGAAGGAGAAAGAAGUAGCGAAUUCGAGGAAGGGAGAGGACUCGGGGCGUCUCUCAGCUUUCGUAGGACGAGGCUCACGCCGCUCUUCGCAUGCCGAGCCCGCAGAGGGGCCUUCGCUCCCUUCCGGAGCGGAUGGGCGCCUCCCGGCCUCCGGGCCUUGGGCUUCUGAGGCGCCGCCUGCGGGCCGCAGUGCCUCCGCGCCGGUGCCGCCAGUGUCUCCGGGGUUCGCUUUCCCGUCGGUGACCUCUUGUUUGCCGCUCAACGCGAGCAUUGGAGACAUUGCCUUGCGGCUGGUUAAAGAGAUUCUCCAGCCAGUGCUGGCGCGCGACAUCCAAGUCGAUCCGCCGUCGCCCUUCCGAUUCACGGCGAGCGGAAUGGCGAAGGCCCUCGAACUGUCUCCUGUGUGCUUCUCGCCGGCGUACGCGGCGUCGCUCCGGAAGUCCUACGCCCAAAUGGGAACUGCCGGCUCGUGCUUCUACUGUGUCUCCGCGCCCUGCGUCUGUGGAGCCUUUGCACCGCCGCUCGCCCAGGCGAGGCCCGCGGAGAACAAGAAGCGCGGCAGAGACGCCUGCGAGGGCCCUCAGGCGGAGCCCCCUGUGGGGCGAGGCCCGCGGCGUGGCCCGAACGACUCUGGGGCACCUGUGGGACAAGACCUGCCUGGGGGUCCGCAGGCCCCUGGAGGCCCGGGGGGCGGCUUCGGUGCAGGGCAGACGUUUCAGGACAACUUGCGCCAGAUGUGCCUCUUCCACCCGUACUCGAGUGUUCCUCCGCCGAAGCUGAUUGACAUGCGGUACCUCUGUCUCUUUCUCUCGGCUUCUGCGGACUCGCCCUUUGCCUGCGCCACGCGGACGGGCCUCUGUCCUUUCUUCGGGGACGGACCCUUCGGGCCCGACGGCGAGACCCGCAACGGGCGCGAGGGUCCGCUGGCGCGGAGCGGAGACAAGGUCGAGGGCGAGAAGACCUUCUUGUCGUUUGUUGACGAAACCGCAGACUUUGGUGAUGCUUCAGUCGAGAAGGGAUUUCCGGACCACGCACGCAUUGGCUGGGAGGUAGUCGAGGAGGUCGCGGAGAGUCUCGAGGCUAUUUUCAACACUAUUCAAAUGGAGACAGUUGAGGACCGCAGAGAUGCCCUCACCGUCCCGGACGAGUUCUACGCUCAAAACUACUGGGAGUGGAGGCAGUUUCUGCUCGACAAAGCCCCAACAGGAGCCUCGGUGUCCCGAACGUUCGGGCGGAGUCUCCUUCGUUCUCUUCUUCUCGCCUCGCCGGGGACGAUUGCCAAGGACCUGCAAAGAACUCCGAUUAGCUUCGCUGCAGGCAUCUUGUUCUUUCGUCUUUGCGAGGAAGUCGGCAUCGAACCGGAAACGCGGCAUGUCCUCUGGCGCACUGUGGCUUCUUCCCAGCCUGAACUGAGAUCUCGGCUGGUGAGCGAGAGCGGCCUGGGUUUCCUGUGUCGAGACCUGGGGUCGGCGAAGGAAGAAGAAGCAGGUCUGAUCACCUUCAAAUGCGUGACAAACGACCGGCAACCUUUCUCCAGUCGCGCGCUCGUGACUGUGAAAAACAUCUUCUCUCGUCAGCUUCCCAAGAUGCCCAGAGAGUACAUUGUCCGUCUCGUCUUUGACCGAAACCACUACACCUUCUGUCUGAACAAGGAAGAUACGAUCAUCGGAGGCUGCUGCUUCAGACCCUACUUCCAGCAGAAAUUCGCCGAAAUCGCUUUCCUCGCGGUAACGUCGACCGAGCAGGUGAAGGGCUACGGAACGCGACUGAUGAAUCACCUGAAGGAGCACGUGAAGAAAUCCGGAAUCGAGUACUUCUUGACCUACGCAGACAACUUUGCAGUCGGUUAUUUCAGAAAACAAGGAUUCACGCAGAAGAUUUCAAUGCCGCGAGAGCGGUGGUACGGCUACAUCAAGGACUACGAAGGCGGGACUCUGAUGGAAUGUCACAUCAAUCCGCGCAUCAAUUACCUCCGUCUGUCGGAGAUGCUGCAUGAUCAGCAGCAGGUUAUCAAACGCGCCACUGUUUCCCUUAAGCCUCUUGCUGUCUACCCCGGUCUCGAUUUCUGGAAGAAGAAUCCAGGGCAGACGCUGUCGCCGUCGCAGAUUCCAGGUCUUCUGCAGUGCGGGUGGCACCCGGGGGAGGGCGCGCCGCGAGCGGGCGCCGACGGGAAGGGGAUCUCCGAGGCCGAGCGGGCCUUCUUGGGCUCCACGGGCGCGCCGGACGGGGCUGGAAGCGCGGGCGUUGGCCAGGGCUACAUGCGCCCGCUGCACGAGCAGAUCAUGGACAUUCUGGAUGCACUGGGGAAGCACCACUCCGCCUGGCCGUUCCUCAAACCUGUGAGUCGCGAAGAGGCUCCCGACUACUACGACGUGAUUCUUCAGCCGACAGACAUCUCGACGAUGAAGAAAAAAUGCAAGAAGAAGCACUACACGACUGCGCAGAUGUUUGCGGACGAAGUUCAGUUGAUGUUCAAGAACUGUCGGCAGUACAACCACCAGCAAACGAUUUAUUACAAAUACGCGAACGAGCUGGACAAGUUCGUAACUCCAAAGAUUCAGGCGUUGAAGCAGGCGUUCCAGCAGCAGCAGAAGCAACUGGCGCAAAAGGGUGCGGCGUCGGGGACUGGAGUGCCACCGCUGAGGAGUCCCCAGGGUGGAGACGAGGGGCUUGUGGGCGCGAAGCAUCCGACAUUUUUCUAGAUGCCUCAUGUCCUGUUCGGGCCUCUCUCGGAUAUGGGGCAUACUGGGGGAACUCGUGCGUUUCUGAGGGACGAUCCUCGUUGCAAAGAGUCCUGCACCAGUACCGCAUUCGGCGUGUCACCUAGCGCUUGUGGUUUUUGCGCUUCGAGACACUUCAGAAGCAGCAGGCGAAGUUGCUGGUUUAACCGCCACAGAAGGGCAAGAAACGCACGGAAGGAACUGAGCAAACUGAGAAGGCAGUUACAGGAACUAGGCGAGUGUGACUUGAAGACACAAGAGAGGGUGGCGGUGGGGCAAAUCAGUUCGCGAUGGAAACUCGGAAGAGACGGAGGCUGAACUGUCGGAAACAAUGAAGUGGAUGACCUAGGGCGGGGAGGAAGACCCAGGAGACAGUGGAGAAAGGAUGUGACGCAUGCGUGAAUAAUCGUUUUCCUAGUGCGAGUUGCGUCAGGGUGACAUUGCUCAGUUUCCGUCGCUGUGAUUUGCCUCUGCUCAAAAACACCGAGACGUGGUCCCGUGGUUUUCUACGCACCCCUUUCAAAGGGAAGGCAAAAAGAGUCCAGGUCGAUGCGGUGAGCACCCGCUUAGCAUGCUACUCUUGAACAGUACUGUACAGCUAGUGCGGUUACUUUUUUUGGAUCCUUCCUUUCUUUCUUUCCGUCUCAGUCUUUUGUUGACGACGAGAACGGGAAAGGUGCAGCUCUGGUGUAGGGAUGAAUUGGAGGGUGAGGGUACAUUGUCGAACGCCAUGUAAACAGUAAUGAAGGAAAAAAUACCAUUGUGUUUUGCUCCGUUCUCCAUUUUAUCCUGCUGAAUUGCCGUACGUUGGAAGGCGAGGCUUGACAUGGAAAGAAGUGAGGCUACAGUGUUCUACGGGUCCAGUGGCUACGCACACUUUCUAUCGCCGCGAGGCCGACGACCCGCGACACACG